GCUAACCGGAUGUUACGUCAAAUCCACAAAAACCCAAGGCUGCUGACAUUUUUCUGGAGCAAAGCAGCAUUUUCUAGAAUAACCCUAACUGGAAAACGAUUAUAAAUCAGCACUGGAAACUUAUUAGGCUAUAAAAGAAAACUGGGACGGCUGAAGAGGAAGGUUGAAAAGUUCGAAAAAGUUCUACAAAACCAUGGUGGAAUAUUAUCACAUUUUAGGAGUCCAAAGAAAUGCAUCUCAGGAAGACAUUAAAAAAGCGUACAGAAAAUUGGCACUAAAAUGGCAUCCAGAUAAAAACCCAGAAAAUAAGGAAGAGGCAGAGAAAAAGUUCAAAGAACUUUCUGAGGCCUAUGAAGUUCUGUCAGAUGCCAACAAGAGGAACAUGUAUGAUCGCUAUGGUAAAGAAGGCCUAACAACAAACAUCGGAGUAGGUGGUGGACAUUACCACAAUGGUGAUCACUUCAACGAAGGGUUCACGUUCCGCAAUCCAGAAGACGUCUUCAGGGAAUUCUUUGGGGGUCGAGAUCCUUUUGCUGAUUUCUUUGGAGGGGAUCCGUUUGGGGAUGAGUUUUUUGGUGGAGGGCGGAGUCACCACAGGGGGGUGAGCAGGAGUCGGACGGGGGGUCCCUUCUUCGGGGGAUUCGGUGGCUUCCCACCCUUCGGUGCAGGCUUUACAGCAUUUGAACCAGGCUUUACCUCUUUCGGACACAUGGGUCAGAUGGGUCAGAUGGGUCACAUGGGUCACAUGGGUCAGAUGGGUCACAUGGGUCAGAUGGGUCAACUGGGAGGAGGAGGCGGCGGCCACGGCGGCUUCACCGCUUUCUCCACCUCCUUUGGCGGCGGGGGUGGGGGUGGCGGGAUGGGCAACUUCCGCUCUGUAUCAACCUCCACCAAAUUCAUCAACGGCAGGAAAAUCACGACAAAAAGAAUUGUGGAGAAUGGACAGGAACGAGUAGAGGUGGAAGAAGACGGACAGUUAAGAUCACUAACCGUCAAUGGGGCAAAGCCUAAUGCCGCAGUCCAACAGGAGGAGUGCAGACAAACUGCACACUCCUCUAGUGCACACGCCUCCCGGUCCCCUGUUCCCCGUCCUCCUCAUCAUCAUCAUGUAAAGACUUCCUCCCAGACUUCCUCCCACAGUCCCACUCCAGACAGAGAGGAGGGGUGGAAAAACAGAGAGGAGGGAAGGAGCCCCGCUUCAGGACACAGUGAAAACAAGAGGAAGAAACCCAUGCCCGAGCCCACAGAGGAUGCCAAAAAGAGAAAAACAUAAUGGUUUCACUACACACAUCAUUUUCUUGCCCUCCUAGUCAGCUACAGAAACAUGUCAUUGAUACACCCUUAACAAUUAAUAUUGUUUUAAAGGACACUUAAAUAUGGGGUGCUCAAAGCUCUUUAUUAAGCAUGCACACAUACUGUAAAUGUAUAAUCCUGACUUACUUUUCUAGUAUAUAUCCUAUCUUAUGACCUACGAAAAUACCAAGAGCAAAGAUCCCUAUGUGGGGUGCAUCUGACCAAAAGAUUCAGAAAACCAUGCCAAUUACAAUUGAAAUGAAUUUAAAUCAUGACACUUGUCUUUCCUUACAUACUGUAAUGUGCAUUACUAAAGGAACACUAUGUCAAUUAGUUUAAGUGCAAUAUUGAAUGGGUGAUAUGCAGGGGUCAAAUUGUCAAAAGUUUACAGGGGGAUGGUAGUUGCGGGCGGAAUGUGUAUUAAUAAUAGUCCAAGUCAAGGAGGAUGCACUAAGUCUUCGUUUGUUAACAAUGGUGAUACCAUACCCCG